GAUUGCGGUCGUUUCAUACGGUGUACCGACGCCUCCAUCGCCUACGACACCGCCUGUCCAGAAGGUCUGCACUUUAGUCCGAGCGCUAAGACUUGCGAACCGCCAGAAGUGGCCGGUUGUGUCAAUUGUCGGCCGACCACCAGAAAGCCCAGGACUCCGAGACCCACUCGCAGGCCACCACACACUACUCAUAAGCCAACACCACAGCCCACCACCACUACUACUACUACUGAAAAGCCAACUCCCAGGCCGACCACCACCACUACUACUACCCAAAAGCCAACUCCCAGGCCGACCACCACCACUACUACUACUGAAAAGCCAACUCCUAGGCCUACCACCACCACUACUACUACUACUACCCAUAAGCCAACUCCCAGUCCGACCACUACGACAACCCGCCGGCCUAUCACUACAACAUUGGCUCCCAUAGUAACCACUGACGGCUGUACGUGCGUCUGUCCGACCACAGCACCCGUCACCAUCAGUACCACACCAACACCUACUAGUACACAGCCCACCAGCGCCCGGACCACAACGACUACCUGGCCCACCACUAGACGCCCUACAACUACGCCGAAACCGGGUUUCCAGUGCCCCGUAGAGGACAUCAUACGCACCCUAUGCUUAGGCCCUAAGGAUUGUCUCUACCCUAACCCGGAUGGCUGCGACACAUACAUCCACUGCACGGUUGACUACGGCAGUCGCACCGGUACGCCAGUGGUGAUGCCCUGUCCCGGUGGGCUGUUGUGGAACGAUAACAUUAAGGAGUGUGACAACCCCUCCAAAACUACCUGUCCACGAGGUUACUAG